AUUUUCUUUUCACUCUCCCUCAUUACACAACUUCUCCUGUAUCCUAAUUUACAAGAGAGAGAAAAUAAGGAGGCGAGAGAAGAAAUUAAGGCGCGAGUAAUGGCGGAAAUUUCUCUUAGAUACUUUACUCUUUUCACAUUGUUGAUUUCCGCGUUUUUCUUGAGCUUCGUCAAUGGAGGAUUGCACAAAGAUGAAGAUGAACUUGUGACUUUAAGGAUUGAAAAACAGCUGAAAAGUAUCAUGAAUUCAUCAAUGGCGGAUAGGGCCAAAGAAGCAGGAGUGAAAAACCAGCAAGCUGUAGUUGAGCGACCAGAAGAGAUAGUAUCCAUGGUCCAAAGGAGUAUUAGCAACAGUACAGCAAGGAGAAAUCUAGGAUAUUUCUCAUGUGGAACAGGGAACCCAAUUGAUGAUUGUUGGAGAUGUGAAUCUGACUGGCAUAAUAACCGAAAACGGCUUGCGGACUGUGCAAUUGGGUUUGGACGCAAUGCCAUUGGUGGUCGUGAUGGUCGAUUCUAUGUGGUCACUGAUCCAAGUGACCAUGACGCAGUGAACCCAAAACCAGGUACACUCCGUCAUGCUGUCAUCCAAGAGGAGCCACUUUGGAUCAUUUUCCAAAGGGAUAUGGUGAUCACAUUAAAAGAAGAGUUGAUCAUGAAUAGUUUCAAGACCAUUGAUGGAAGAGGAGCAAAUGUUCAUAUUGCUAAUGGAGCCUGCAUUACCGUCCAAUUUAUUACCAAUAUUAUUAUCCAUGGUAUCCAUAUCCAUGACUGUAAGCCAACCGGUAAUGCAAUGGUUAGAAAUUCACCUUCUCAUUAUGGUUUUAGAGGAGUAGCUGAUGGUGAUGGGAUUUCUAUCUUUGGUUCGAGUCAUAUUUGGAUUGAUCAUAACUCUCUGUCUAAUUGUGCUGAUGGGCUCAUUGAUGCUGUUAUUGGCUCUACUGCCAUUACCAUUUCCAACAAUUAUUUCACUCACCACAAUGAGGUAAUGUUACUUGGUCACGCGGACUCAUAUGUAAGGGAUAAAGUGAUGCAAGUCACCAUUGCCUAUAAUCACUUUGGAGAAGGACUUAUGCAGAGGAUGCCAAGGUGUAGACAUGGACACUUCCACGUUGUUAACAAUGAUUAUACUCACUGGGAAAUGUAUGCCAUAGGAGGAAGUGCAGAUCCCACCAUUAAUAGCCAAGGGAAUAGAUAUCUUGCCCCAGCAAACCCAUUUGCUAAAGAGGUAACCAAGAGGGUCACAAGUGACGGAAAUUGGAAGAGUUGGAACUGGAGAUCAGAAGGUGAUUUGCUACUAAAUGGAGCCUUCUUUACCCCAUCAGGCUCAGGAGCUGGUGCUAGCUAUGCUAAAGCCUCCAGUUUGGCAGCCAAGCCAUCAAGCCUUGUUGGCACCCUUACUGCUGGUUCUGGUGCACUCAGCUGUCGUCGUGGUCGACAAUGCUAGUCCAAUUUACCCAGACUUACUACAAAUUCAACAGACAACACACAAAACCCACAGUAAAGAAAAAACAAAAAUUAAAUUCCCCUUUUUACUCUUAUUCAAGAACAGUGAGUAUAUAGGCCUAAGCCAAUUGUUAAACUCCCCUUGUCGCUCCAUCUCGCUCUCAUUGUCCGGAUUUAUUUUAAAAACCGAAAUUGAGGCGAAUCUGGAAGCGUUGUUCAUUUCCUAUGUUAUAUUUAAGCAUCUCUUCUGAACUAUCCCAAUUAUAAACUCAAUCUUUCUGUCAUAGGUUCUGAGUGACUUUCUCUGUUACUCUAGUAGCAUUUCUUUCAGAUUAAGAAAAUCAAUUAUAGUCCAAAUUGCAGAAAACACAAAUUAGAACAAGGAAUUGGAGAUUGUAAGCAUUAUUGUGUAACACUAUUUAACUUUGAUGCCAUUUUCAUUCUUUUUUAUGUGCAUAUUGCUUCUUUUGUUUCAAAUUUAUCUUGCAAUAACAUUAAUGAGAAUUAAACAUACAAAAGUGCCCACCAUUUGAUUAGCAUAUGGAAGGGUGGGUCCAUUUUUUGGCACAGACAUGUGAGAAUAUUUUGAUCUACAAUACAAAUCUAAUUAAUAUAGACCUACCAAGCUCAAUUUAGGGGGUUCCAAUUGCAGCUGUCUUUUCAACUCUAGGCUAGAUGUUAGCAAGAGUUCCUU